AUUUUCAGAGAAAAUGCGUAAACCCCCAAAUCUCAGACCGAUUUAAGUCAUUUUUACUGAAUUCAAUUAGUUGUUUUAGCCUACAGAAGCAGUUUCCGCGAACACCGGAAUUUAUGCCGGAGGCGCGGCGUUCUGGAACGCACCCGUACUCAGCAAAACAGUAAUGGAUCAAGGAAUGUUGAUGGUGCGCAUUUAUUAUCAAAGUUCGUCAACGUUUCGCUGAAUUUCGUGUCAUGUUCGUGUCCCAACAGCUUCAAUAAUGUAUUCUUCACGUGUGAAACAAUAAUUGCACCCUAAAAUCAUAAAGCGUCAUUAUGGCGAGCUCAUUUGUGAAGGAGUAUACACCAGAGAAAUCCUCUGGAGGACCAUUUAUUGUUCUUGUUAAUAAUGAUGGAACGCUCCUUCCUGACUAUGAAAUGCUCAAUUCCGUUCUUGAGAGAGAGGCCACUGUUCUUAAAGUUGGUAAACCCAUUAGAGGAGACUCUGAUGAUGAUGUCCCUCGGGUCAAUAUGACAGUAGAGGGUUACUAUAUUCCAUCAGCUGCUUCUUCACAGGAUCUCACGGAUGGCCAACUAGAUGAUUUUGAUGAAGAUGAUGACAUUGAUUUGAGUUCCCUAGUAAUUGUUGACCCUGCAUCAGAUGCCAUUCACAUAGAUCAUUGUUACACUAAUCGUCUACGGAACCAACAAAUUCUUCAGCUCUCCGUUGGAGAACUCAAAUCUGAGCUGCAGGCUCAAUUAGAAGAUAAAGAUGGUGUUGAGAACUGCCCUGCAUUCCGUCAAGAUGCAGUUGAUCGAGGAAAGCUCAAGUUUCAGAAUCGAGGAAUUCGGCUUUCUAAUAAAAAGGACCCUGGUGGCAUCAGACGCAUUGUUCUCAAUGAGUCUCUGGACAGUAAUGCCACAACUUUGCAACAUAUUGUGCUGAAACCUCCACCCAAUAGUCCAGCAUCGGCGACCCUGGUUCCGCUGGUAAAACCACUGGUGCUGAAGCAGGUAGCGAGGAAGGGAAUGAGCAGGGGGGAAGGGAACUUCACAGUGUUGGGAAAGCACGUGUCAACAUUAAAUCUGUUAAAGCCGCCUCCAAACACUCCUGCCUCCGCAUCACUAGUGCCUUUGGUACAGCCAUUGGUUUUGAACUCUCAUUGUAACCUAGAGGAGUCAACAGAACUCUCAGCUUCGCUUGAGGAUCCCAAUGAAACACGAGACACCAAGCCAGGCUUUUUAUGCAUCGAUAUUCCUGCUGGAGAGAAGCAGUCUGUUGCCGUUCCAUCCAGCAGCAGCAAACCCGGCAUGAUUCCUCCUGGAGCUUCUCAAAUUAAGGGACCUGUUAAAGUUCUGCUGUCAUCUCUCUCAGGGGUCCCUUGCUCAUCUGGCGGCGGAGUUGUUAUAACUCGAAUGGCACCCCUCAGCUUACGUCCCCACUCAGUGGUUGUAGCAGCAGAAAAUGGCCAAUUGCAACAGCAGAAACACAUUAUACGCAUUAACCAAGAUGGACAGGUGCUCUCCCAGUCCCAGCAAAGAGUGAUGAUGGUUGUUCAAGAUGACAGAGAUGCAACACCUUCAUCCUUGACUGACCAACCUUCUCCUCCUCGAGUAAAAGUCACUUAUCCCUCAGUUAGGGCUCGUGGUGGUCUGAGAGGUCGUGGUGGUCUCAGAGCACGUGGUGGAAGAGGAAGAGGACUUAUGUCUCGAGGUGGACGGGUAGCUGUGAAAAUUCAGGCCCAACCACUGGAUCAGGCAAUGGAAGAUGCUUUGAAUGCCAUGAUGCCUGAAAAAGAUGCUGCCUCACCUUUAGAUGAAGAACUAGAAUCACCAACGCAACAAAGAAAAUUAAAAGUUAAAGUUCAGAAAAACAAACCUGAAGAAAACUCGCUUUCUGCUCUGAAGUCACCUAGAACUUACAGCAAAAAGGCUCAAAAUUUAGUACAGCAGACAUCAACUGAGUCUUUGUCUGAUGAUGUUAGCUCAUCCAAGCGACCGUCUCUGAAGAAAAUGAGCUCUGUUUCGUCAACCAGUUCUAUGGAAGUGGUUCCUUCAACUCCUUCCACUCCAACAACCAGUGUGCCUUCUGCUUCUCUGUCACCGACAUCAGCACCCACAACCCCUGUGAUAUCCUCUCCAACCUCAGCUAGUUUACCUGGUUCUGCUUCAUCAAAGAAGUACCCUAAAAGGGAGAAUCGUAAACCACCGGCACAUCUCGCUGAUGCAUUCAGUGCCGAUUUGCUUUUCUCUACUCCUGAUAUUAUCAAAAGAGUAGUGAAAACACCAUCAGGUCAACUUCUUUCUUCACCUGGUGAAGUGCCCAGUGCUAACGAUGUUGACAUGUCAACUGAGUCUUUAAAUAUGACAGGCACUGUACCUGAAGAGUCACAACAACCUCAACAAACUUCAGGAAAGAUUGACAUCCUAGCAAUCGAACCUACUUUGGAUGAUCAGACAAUAUUUGACACCAUCCAAAGUCAAGUCUCUAAAUCUGAUGAGGAACUGCUAGAUGACGCAGCAUUAUUCUUGGGGGAUUUGGCAAGCAGUAUUCCGGCUUUAGAUCCAGCUCUAGAGUUGAUGCUGGUCGAAUCGGAGAACGCCAUGGAUACUGGACACAUUUUACAGGAUAAUGCAAUGGAUCAAUCUGCACCUGUGCCACAGCCAUCUGUUGUCCAAACAUCGCAGGGUCUACUAGAUACUCCAAUUAAUGAUUUAAAUGAUACCUCUAUCAAGACUAUCCCAGAUAUUGAGAAGCAGCAGGCACAAAUCAAAUCUGCAGAAGUACAGCAGCAAAUGGCCAUUGAUAAGAAGGCAUUGAAAUUGGAGGAAUCAGGUCGGCGCAAAUCAAGUGACAAGGCAGAAACCAGUGGUAGACGAAAGUCCAUAGAGAAAUCACCAAAGAGCCCUCGGAGGAAGUCGGGUGAUUCUCAAGCUGCCGAGUCUGGUAGAGGCUCCCCUGAGAAGAAGCUCACACCAACAAGGAGGCGUUCUUCAUCUACAAAAACUCCUCCAGAAGAUGAUUCUGAAGGUGAAACGGAAGGUGAAAAUGAUGAUGAUGAUGAAGAUGAUGAUCCCACCAAAUUGUGGUGCAUUUGCCGGAAGCCUCAUAACAAUAGGUUUAUGAUAUGCUGUGAUGUGUGCGAAGAGUGGUUCCAUGGCAUCUGCGUGGGAGUUACUCAAGCGAUGAGUGUAAGAAUCCCUGAAUACACUUGUCCCACAUGCCAAGGAGACAAGCCAAAUGAGAAGAAGCCUGUCUCUCCUAGAGGGGCAAAAUCAGGCCGAAAAGGAUCUGUGUCAGACACAAACACUCAAAAAUCUAUUUCUGUACCUAGCAGUAAAACAAAACAGCUUUCUAUUAAAGCUCUCCUGCCCCUAACCAAACAAUCAGAGCCCAGUGACUCAAGAGAACCUCUAUCUCCUAGUAAAUCUGUCAAAUUUUCCAAAGAUCUUGUAUCCAAAUCAGGGAGCAAAACUCCCUCUAAAGUGGUGUCAUUUAAAGAUGUACCAAAGUCUUCUAAAGAAUCCUCUCACUCUGAGAAAUCAUCAUUCACUGAUAAAGAUGCCAAGUCUUCAACCAAAGAACCUUCAUCUAAAAGUUCUAAAGAAGCUGUAAUUAAACAGUCAGUCUCAAAAGGCAGAACACACAAAGAGCCAUCUGAAAAGGAAUCCAUAUCAUCUGCUUCAUCAUUCAAACCCUUACAACCUGGCCAAACAGCCUGUUUCAAAUGCAAAAGGGCAGCUGCAAGAUCUGGCCAGUUGUAUUGUAGUGACAGUUGCAUAAACCUAUAUGCAGAAGAGACUCUUAAGGCCAUGACUAAACCCGGUGAACAACCCAAAGAAGGCCAGUGCAUUCCUGUGAUUGAGAAGAAAACUGGAAGAAUAUUUGCUGGUUCUAAUGCACCCUUAGCCAUUAACUUAGCAAAAUGGCUUGUUGAGAAUCCCACAUUUGAAGUUGGUGCAGUUUCAGCAGCUGCAGGUUCAACACCUCAACGUUCUGGACAUGUUUCCUCCAAAAAAUCUAAAUUAAAACUUGUGAAGAAACCCACCAGCACAUCAGCUUUGAAGGCCCAUCAAGCAGCUUUAGAGCAACAACAUAACCUAGAGCAGAGUAAAGCUGCUGCUGUCAAUGCUGAAAUUCCUUCAAAAAUAGCUAAAGGUAAACUGGGCUUCCAGUUGCCAAAAGCUCAGCAAGGGCUUCAAGGGCCUCUUGCAAAGGCCCAACCUGUUGCCAAAACAGAAACCCCUCACAAAUCUGCCAAUAAGGCCAAUGGGUCCAAACAAUUGAAGCAGACACUCCUGGUGUUGACACCCAGUGCAGCUUCUGCUGGGUCUUCAUCGCAAUCUGCCAAAUCCCAGACACCUCAGUUGCAUCGACAGUCCUCUCAGAAAAAUGAAAGCCAUAAAACACCUGCCGCAACGUCUGCUACACCAACAACAAGCAAAUCAAGUUCGUCUUCAAAGAAAAUUGAAAGGAAGUCCAGCACGAGUGACUCAAGCAGUCGAAAGAGCAGUGUUGAUGAUACACCAAAGGAGAAAGAAAAAGAUAGGGAUAAGGAUAAAGGGGAGCCUAUUCGUCUAACUGUGAGCAAAUCACUGCAGGAAGCCUUAUUAAAUCGUUUAAAAGACUGCAAAGAUGUCACUCCUAAUGAGGAAUCUCUUCAGAAAACAGCAGUUUUGAUUGAAGAGGAAAUGUUCUCCCUAUUCAAGGAUACUGGAACAAAAUACAAGGCAAAGUACCGUUCAUUAAUGUUCAAUAUCAAAGACCCUAAAAAUCCAUCUCUGUACCGUCGCAUAGUUGAUGGAUCUCUUUCUCCCAGUGAACUUGUACGCCUCUCUGCUGAAGAGCUUGCUUCUCAGGAGUUGGCUAAGUGGCGAGAACAGCAGGCACAGCACCAGUUGGAAAUGAUUCGCAAGAGUGAACUGGACUUACUUCAAUUGCCCAAAUCAGUGGUCAUGAAAACUCAUAAAGGAGAACAAGAAAUUGAAACAAAUACCUCCGAAAAUGUUCUAGAGAUUGAUCCUAACACAACGGUAACUGAUCUUGUCACUGCUCUCAAUGAUUCUGUAACAUCAACAACUUUAGAAGAGACAGAAAAAGUAGAACAAAGAGAACUAACUCUGAAGGAGCGUGAACAAGCACGUCGUCAACGGGAAAAGGAGAAACAGCGAAAGGACGAUGAAGAGCAUGACGGCUCAAGGAGCUCCCAUCACAAACACCACAAAGAUAAAAGUGACAAACAUCGUAGCAAACAUCACAGUAAAAAGAGCAAAAGCAAGGACAGUGAACGAAGCAGGGAUCGAGACCAUGAUUCCACCAAAGAGGGUAGAAGUCGAAGCCGAAGCAGAAGAGAUUCAAAGACUAUUGAAAAAGAUAGAAGCCACAGGAGUAGUAAAGAUCAUAGCACUAGUAGCAGCAGCAGUAGCAAAAAAAUUAGCGAUGUCAAAACUGAAGCAUAUGAUCCCUACGUUCCUGAAUGUGUUCCUCUUGAGCCAAAAAAAGAUGAAGUUGAUGUGUCUGAUCAUGAGCCCAGCUCAACUGUAAUAAUCAAAACACCUGAAAUUGGCCUGGAGGAAAGUACUUGGGUUGAAGAAACCAAAGCGGUUUGGCGAGGAUCUGUUCAAAUGUUGGAUGUUGCUCGCUUCAAUACAGCCUUGGAGUCAGUGUCGGGAGAUACAUCUGAGCUUCACAAAGAUUUGACCAAUGUCAUUGAUUGUGUUGGACGAAUCUCAACUCAAAUGGCAUGGGAAUAUAUUGCUAAAAUAAAGAAGUCAAAAGAUAUUGCUGUAUUGCGCUGCCUCUGUUCUGAAGACAAUGAAGAACAGAAAAAAGCCUACAUGAAACUAUAUUCCUACCUCAGUAAUAGAAAUCGUUUGGGCGUUGUUCAAACAUCCUCUAAAAAUAUCAAAGAUUUCUACAUUUUACCACUUGACAAAGAUGCUCCAUUCCCACCUGUUUUAGGUCCUCUUGAUUGUCCUACUUUCAAUGAAAACAGACCACACCUUCUGCUUGCAAUUGUUGUGUGGACCAAGAGGAAGCGAAAUGCUGCUGAAGCUGGCCUGACCCCUCUGGCUCCCAAAGGAACUCCUCUUGCUGGCAAGGCGCUCCGAUUAACUGGAGAUAACUCCAAGAAGAGUUCUGUGACGCCUUCUUUGAAACCUUCUUUACUUAUUUCUGAGUCAAAAGAGCGUAGUUACACUCCACCUCCUCAAAUGAAAAAAACUCACACACCUCCUGGCUCACCAAGUUUAUCUCCCAAAGUCAGUAUUCCUUUACUUGGUGAUAUUGAUGAUGACAACACUCCCUACUCUCCAGGCGAUGGUGAAAGUGAAGAUGAAGAUGAACGUAGGAAAGCGGAACUGGAUCGUAAGAUAUUUGAAGAAACUCAGCGUAUUAAGUCAUUGGAGAGUGUCAUCACCAGCUUAAAUCCCAGCCUUCAAGUUGACAGUGAAGAAGAUGAUAGCAAGCCUUACAGCCCUUCAGGUUCUUUCACACCUCCAAGCUCGCCCCCUCCACCUCAUCUUUUAAGCUCUAAAUUGGUGAAAGGAGACAAGACAUUGCUAAAAGCUGAUCCCAUCGUCCAGAACUACGCCGGUCUAGACCAGUCUCCUGAAGUAGAUGAAGGCCCGUCCUUCGUGCCUUCCGGCUGCAGCGCGUCCUUCUUCGCCACGCCCAUGGCCUCCAUGGCCAGCAAGUCGCCGCCCUCCAGGUCGCAGACACCCCCCAGGCAGCCCUCCAAGCCGAGGGGCUUCCUGGAGCGGGCCUUCUCCAAGAACGCCAUGAGCAGCUUCAUGUCCGACGACAUCUCGCAGCACUCGGACGACUCGAAGGACGCCCCGUUCUCCGCGUCAGACCACGUGCGCAUCCCCGGCCUGUGCGAGCCGGCAGAGCCGCAGGCCUCGCCCGCCAUGUCCCUCGACACGUCGAACGACACGUCGGACGAGUCGCAGCCCCUGCCGGACAUGAGCCAGCCGCCGCCGCCCCUCCACCAGCCCCUCGGCCAUCCUGGGCAGCAGGCGGUGCCGGAGCUGCUCUCCGAGCCUCUGCCCGACCUGACGCAGCCGCCGCCGAGCAUGGCGCCGAGCAUGGCGAUGACGAUGCCGCGGGCGUCGCACGUGCUGUCCCCCGGCAUGCCAUCAUUCCCACCGCUGGCCAACCCGCCCGCGCCGCUCACCCCCGUGGCUCUGAUGAACCCACCGCCACCUCACACGCCGUCGCCGUCCGCGCCGCUGCCGCUCAUGUCGCAGCCGCCGCCCAGCCUCGUGCAGUCGCUGCCAGACAUGUCUCUGCCGCCGCCGUCCACCCCCUUGAAGACGCCCUCCAAGGCGAUGGCGCAGCCGCCGCCGCCAGGGAUGGAGGACGACCCGUCGUUCUGCGACGAGCUGGACCUGGAGCCGCUGGGUGGCUACCCCACCAGCGCGACCAGCGCGGAGCCCAAGCAAGCCCCUGUCCCAGACUACCUGGCGUACCCCGCCAACCCGCCCAUCCCCAGCGGCUCGCCGCCCAUGCCCUCUGCGGCGCCGCCGCCCCCGGAGCCUGAGAGCAGACCACCAGAGCCGGCCUCGUCGCCGCCCCCAGACUCGCCUCCGCCGCCGAACUCGCCGCCGGCAAGGAGGUCGCCUCUCCUCGCCAGGAACCCAUCGCCGCCGGCGCACCUUUUCCGCAAUCGGUCGCCGUCCCAGUCGCCACCCCCUGCGAGGCGCUCUCGGUCCAGAUCGAGAUCCCGGUCAGCGUCGUCUGACUCCUCGUCGUCCGCGUCGUCCAGGUCGGCGUCCUCGCGCUCCGGCUCCUCCCGGCGCUCGCCCAGCGUGCGCAGAGGCCCACGCAGCCCGCGCAGUCCGCGCAGCCCGCGCAGCCCGCGAACGCCGAGGGGACCCAGGAGCCCCUUGAGUCCGCGCCUCUCCAGAAGCCCACGCAGCCCUCGCAGCCCUCGCAGCCCGCCGCCGUCAUCGCGCAACCGCUCGCGGUCCAGGUCCAGGUCGAGGUCCUCGAUGUCGCGCUCCCGGUCGCGGUCCAGGUCCAUGUCGCCGCACGCUGCGCGGCUGGCCAGGCCGCCCACGCCGCCGCGGCGCAAGCGCAGACACUCGUCACCUGACGACGCCAGCGACGCGCCAGGCGGCAGCAGGAAGGGCCGGUGGAAGGACAGGCCGCCCUCUCCCGACGACUACUACAAGUCCAAGUCCAGGCGUUCGCGCAGCCGCAGCAGGAGCAGGAGCAGGAGUCGCAGCAGGAGCAGGAGCAGCAGAAGUCGCAGCCGCUCCAGGACGCCGUCGCGGGGCCGAUCCUACGACCGCCGCGACAGGGACCGCGACCGAGAUCGCGACCGGGAUCGUGGCAGGGACCACCGCGGGCAGGGCCGGGACAGGGGCUGGGACUACAGGGAGAGGGAGCGCUGGGACCCGAGAGAACAGCACCCGCACCCGCACGGCCCGCCCCACGGACCACCUCACGGCCCGCCCCAUGGCCCUCCUCACGGCCCACCCUACGGCCCACCGCAUGGCCCACCACACGGCCCACCAGGCAUGCGGGGCCGCGGCCGUGGCGGCUGGGACAGAGGCAGGGGCAGGGGCUUCCCCAGGGGAGGCUUCUUCCCGAGAGGCGGACCCGGGCGGGGUCAUUUUAGAGGGAGGGGGCAUGGCCCUCCCGGACAUGGACCUCCCCCCCACGGCCCACCUGGACACGGCCCCGGAGGACCGCCUGGAGGGCCGCACGCGGCACCGUCGCACCACCAGUACCACGCCGACGUGCACGACCACUCUCAGUAUGAAGGCGAUAUUCGCAACUUUGAAGAGAAGCAGAGGGAGAGAGCCUUGAAGAUAAAGCGGAAAGAAAUGAAGAACAAGAAACCAUGGGAUUGAUGAUGCUGAGGCAAAGUGUUUGUGCUCCUAGAGCGUUUGAGUUAUGUCUCAUCCUUAGGUUAUGAUAUGGACUUUUUAAGCCUGACGUUUGUGUGAUGUUCCUAUGACACAGCAUCUGUGCAAGGUAGUUCUGUGUUUCUGUUAUGUGCAAUACUAGCUUACUCACUUCAGCAGUCCCUCUUAAUUUACAAGACACCAUGUUGUAGGCAUUUUUUUAUGAGAUUGUGAAUUAUUGUAUGGGACCCAUUUUAUUCCAAUUUUAAGUACCUUUCAAGAGCAGGUCUUUGCUUUUGUUCAACUUUGUUUUCAUUUUGAAUACCCAUUCAAUACUGUUAAAAUCCAUGGAUGCUUUGGGGAUGGUGCUGUUACGUUCAUGUUUUGUAUUUGUGGCACUUGGCUGAAGAAGUUACUUUUCUGACUGCUUCCUUUUCACCAGCUUCCUCUUUUAUAACUGAUUUGUUAAGACCUUAGGGUCAUAUUUUAUUUUCUAGCAUUACCCUUUUUAUAAUUAUUAUAAUUAUGCUUUGAACCAGUGUUAUAAUGCGGAGUAUGAAUAAUUGUCACUCUUUUUCAUUCACAUUUAUUUACCUUUCACUAAUGGGUGUUGUUAAAAUGGGCCUACUCCAGCACAUUGUUUGCCAAGUUUGGUUCAGCACUACAAAUUUUGCCAUUACUAGUAAUGGUUGAAUCUCAAUAGUGAUAUUGUGAGGACACAGUUUGAUUUUGUAGUUCCUCCUCUUGGGAUUGUAAACUUUCUCAGCCAUUGAACUUUUUAGUUUGGUAAUGUGUGAUAAUGAAUGAACUUUGUGAACCAAAUUUGGAUUUGGCAGUUUGUAGUUUAGGUUGCUUUGAACCCACAUUAUUGUAUUCAAAAUUAACAGCCACUACAUGUAACAAGCAUGAUAAGGUACCCAUUUAUUUGUAUCUUCUUUGAAUUAACUUUUGACUAUGACAAGACUCAGAAUUAUUUCAUUCCUUAGUAUGCUAGUACCUGUGAAUGAGUUUGAUUGUGUAUAGAUAUUAGUUCUGUAUUUACUAGUGUAUUAUGUGUGUAUGUAUGUAAAAUAUGUAUACUGGCACCGGAUGAAUGAAUUUUCUUAUUGUGAUAUGUAAGGAGGUGAUUCUGAGUCUCUGUAGCAGUUCAUUGUUAUUUUCCUUUACUUUGUAGAGCUCUGUCUCAUUGUUUGCUAUACUUGGACAAGUAAUUGUAAAAAUUGUACAUAAAGAUGAUUGCUGUACAGAAUUUAGGCCCUGUAAAAUGAAAUCAGACAUUGGUGAAUAAUAUAUAUCAUUCUUAUUUACUGCAUAAAUCACAAUAUUUUGCGCUCUGACUUCUGUUUUGUUGAUCUCCAGUUUUAUGUGUAAUAAAGCACAAUCAUCUGCUUUCAGAUUUAUUUGAGUAUGAUUAUUUGGGAUGUGCUUAAGCAUGCUAGGCUUAAUCCCUUAGUAGCACUGUUGAUUCCUGGAAUCUUGUGUCUUAUUCAAUAAUGAAUAGAACAUGUAAAUUAUAGAUUUUUUUAAAUUAA